AUGGCCGAGCCCGAUCCUCAACCCCAGCGACGGUCUUCCUCCCAGGCCUCCUCUGCAUCCAGCAGGAGCCAAAAGGCUAGAACACUUCGCACAAAAGGCCAGAAACGGCACUCGGCUUCUUCCAAUGCGCCCACCGAUCUCACCUCGUUCCCUUCGCUUUCCCCGCCUGAUCACGCCCCCACGUUGAACUCCGGUUUGACGAAUACGUUGAUGACUGCCAAUGGCGCGGAUGGGACUACGGAGUUUGGUCGUGGGCGUAAAGCCACGUUGGCCAGGCUUACCACUGGGUUGUCUCACAGUUCAGGUCGGGCUGCCUUGUUUGAAGAUUCCGCCCCACUACAUGACAUCCCGGGGGCCCUACAUUUGGCGGAUGAUGCCCAUAUUGAGCGCCUGAUAGCGAGUACUGGUGCCGUGAAAAUCGUUAGACAGUAUGCGCGGGACUUGGCUCAGCGUGAUGCUGAGAUCUCGGCUCUGCGGCAGCGUGCUGAUGCGAGGGAGCGUGAGCUCAAGCGGAUGCUUCGAGAAGUAUCUGUAUCGAAUCAGGAUAUCGAGCGUCGCCUAUACCAGCUGGAGAAUAAUCCAGAGGACCGCCAUUCGGACGGAGAGAGCAGUCACAGUGGCAGGAAAUCCGCAGGGCUGGAUGGCCUCAUGUCCCAGGCCAUGACAGAUGCAGUUGGAUCUCAAUCAGAUGCAGAAGACUCAGAUCUCCAAGCUACGAUUCGCGCCCAGCGAUCGGAAAAUGAAGCUCGCAAGGAAGUGACCAGGGCCGAAUCAAGCAACAAUCGAAAGCGAACAGGCUCAUUGCGCGGCUGGGGUGACUACAUCUUUGGUGAUUCGACCAAUGCGAGUCGGAAGACCAGUCGCGCCAGCAGUAUUAUGAGUGAUAUGCACGGCAUUGAAGAGGAAGGCGGCGAACGUCCUCGUAUACCCAGUAACCUCUCUGUCCGUCGCAAGGCUCUUGACGAACAGCUUUUCCAGCCCCCGGGCAUCUCCGCGAGUGAUGCGAAGCGGAUUGCAAGCGAAUCCACCAAUGGCGACGACCGUUCUAGUGUUCAUUCUCGGAAAUCAUCCCGCUCACUUGGGUCAUGGACUGUCAAAUUGUUUGCCGGUAACACACAGACGCCAAAAGAGGCCAGCGAUUCCGAGGCCAUUCGCAGCAAGUCUGUCAAUCUAGAAAAAUCAAUGACCCAACCUGGCACUCCAAAGAGCGGUAUGUCCGCUGUUGCUGCGUUGAAGAGGAUCAAUGGUCACGGCGUGGUUCCACCUGGACGUCCUGCCAGCGUGGGCAGUGGGACGGUCAGAAUUAAUCCAGCCGCACGCAGGACUGCAGCAGGGAGCGUGUCACAAGGUACCGCCGCCGAGACAUCAGAUCGUACCACGACCAAUCUGGGCCCCGUCGAAAUGGAUGCCAUCUUGCCUGUUGAAUCUCGACCUCCGACUCUCGCCCCAAUUUACAACAACUCCCAGCCUGGCGAAUUUCUCACCGAUCGGUUUGGUUUCAUUUAUGAUCAGCGCCGGAAGAGACGACAGAGGGAAGCUACCUCGGGGAAGCGGGUUCGAUCACCUUUAAGCAUUACCGAGACUCUUGGAAACCUCCGGAGUGAAGUAUCGGACGGAGAAAACGAUCAGACCGACUAUCAAGAGACACCUCAAACUCCGGGUUCCCCUCCAGGCUCUCCUGACGACCCAGAAAGUGGAGCUGUUAGUCUUCGCCGCUGGCAGGACUAUCUGAGGUUACCGUCUCGUCCAACAGAACUUUUAUCGCAUACUCCAUCUGCGGCCCCGAUUGUUUCUCUGACAAAUGCUGAGGAUAGUCGCUCUCAUAGCUCGUCUGUUUCAACCGACAAAGGACUCUCUGUCAGCUCGAGCCCUCAACCAUCGGCAUCCACGUCGACCAUUACCGCUAAAAAUCCUGAAUUUGCUGGAGGACUUACGGAAGAGUCUACUACUUUAUCUGCGAGAAUCAACCCUGCGGAGGCUGAGCCAGUUAAGCUACUGCUGGAGCAACUGACUGAUCUCCAUGAUACUCUCCAGCGCGAUCGUACCGUCCGGUGGAAUGAGUUCCUUCGCAAGGUGCGCGCCGAACGCAGAAAAGAGGGUGAAGCCGCAGCUGCAGCUGCAGCAGCCACGUCAACGGACCGGUCCCUAACAGCAGUGGACACACCUGAAGCCACCCUCGCUGAUGGUGAGGUUAUUGGCAUCGCUGGUCUGGGCAAUAAAGGCAAGGUCGGCCGCAACAAGUGGCGAGAGUUCCGAUCUCUUGUCCUCGCCGGCAUCCCCGUUGCCCUCCGUGCCAAGGUGUGGUCUGAGUGCAGUGGCGCAUCUGCCAUGCGUAUUCCUGGAUACUAUGGUGACCUGGUGCGGGGCGUGGGAGGAACCGAACCUGAUGUUUCGGUGGUCGCACAGAUCGACAUGGACAUUCGUCGCACCCUCACCGACAAUGUCUUUUUCCGCAAAGGUCCCGGUGUUGAUAAGCUCAGGGAGGUCCUCUUGGCGUACUCACGACGCAACGAAGAAGUGGGAUACUGCCAGGGUAUGAACCUCAUCGCAGCAUCGCUCUUACUCAUCAUGCCAACGGCCGAGGAUGCAUUUUGGAUUUUGGUCUCCAUGAUCGAGAUUAUUCUGCCUGAACAUUACUAUGAUCAUGGACUUUUGGCAUCUCGUGCGGACCAGGUGGUACUGCGCCAGUACAUCUCGGAGCUUCUUCCCAAGCUCUCGGCACACCUGGAGGAUCUUGGCGUGGAACUGGAGGCUCUCACGUUCCAGUGGUUCCUUUCUGUGUUUACGGAUUGUCUCUCUGCGGAAGCGUUAUACCGAGUAUGGGAUGUGGUAUUGUGUCUCAAUGUGACCAGUGCAGUUCCCAAUGGCCCGGGUCCGACCGUCUCUUCGGCUUCCAGCGUCAAAGACGGCAAUGAUAAAGCGACUCUGGCCUCCGAGGAUAGCCCGUCUGGUAGUGGUGGUGGAAGUACAUUUCUUUUCCAAGUCGCCCUCGCCUUGCUUAAGCUCAACGAACCGCAGUUGCUUACAACCUGCUCCACCCCGGCUGCUCUCUACACGUAUAUCAACCACCAGAUGACUAACCAUGCUAUCAGCAUCGACGGGUUGAUUCAAGCCAGCGAGGCAUUGCGUAACAUGGUCCGCCGCGAAGACGUUGUCUCUCGCCGGGCUGUCGCGCUCAGAGACAUGCGCGAAUUCAGCGUCGGGCGGGACUAG